AUGGGGGGCAGCACCCGGAGCCCGGGAGUCCUGCAAAGGGACGACGCCUCCAGCCAGUCUCGGUACCAGCGGUUAAGUCAAAGGAUGCUGGACCUUUCCGGGGACCGGGGCGUGCUGAAGGAUGUCAUCCGAGAGGGUUCUGGAGAGUUGGUGACACCAGACGCUUCGGUGCUCGUGAAAUAUUCCGGGUAUCUGGAGCACAUGGACAAGCCUUUUGAUUCCAAUUGCUUUAGGAAAACCCCUCGGCUCAUGAAACUUGGAGAGGAUAUCACACUUUGGGGCAUGGAGCUGGGCCUUCUGAGCAUGCGGAGAGGAGAGGUGGCCAGGUUUCUGUUCAAACCGACCUACGCUUACGGAAUGCUGGGCUGUCCUCCCCUGAUCCCCCCAAACGCUACCGUCUUGUUUGAGAUCGAGCUGCUUGACUUCCUGGAUUCUGCUGAGUCAGACAAGUUUUGUGUCCUCUCAGCCGAGCAACAGGAUCAGUUUCCACUUCAGAAGGUCCUAAAAGUGGCAGCUACUGAACGGGAGUUUGGCAACUACCUUUUCCGCCAAAAUCGUUUCUAUGAUGCCAAAGUGAGAUAUAAACGGGCCUUGUUGCUUCUCCACCGGCGAUCAGCACCCGCUGAAGAGCAGCUCCUGGUGGAGACCGCCAAGCUGCUUGUUCUCCUUAACCUGUCCUUUACGUACCUGAAGCUGGAGCGACCCACCAUGGCCCUGCGCUAUGGAGAGCAGGCUCUAGUCAUUGACCAAAAGAACACCAAGGCCCUCUUCCGAUGUGGACAGGCCUGCCUCCUCAUGACUGAGUAUCAGAAGGCCCGGGAUUUUCUAGUCCGAGCCCAGAAGGAACAGCCCUUCAAUCACGACAUCAAUAACGAGCUGAAGAAACUGGCCAGCUACUACAGCGAUUACCUGGGUAAAGAGAAAGAAAUGUGUCACCGAAUGUUUGCUCCUGGUGCACAUGGCUCUACAGUAGGAGAAAACUAA